AUGAAUGCAAGUUUGUAAAGUGAAACCCUUUGUUUAACCUAGUACGAUAAAUCAACACAAAAAAGAAACUCUUAUUAGGACGAAGACCUUCAAGAUUUUUAGAAUGCAGAAACAAUUACAAUAACUAAGUAUUCUAAAAAUACUGAUUCAUCAUCCGAACGGGAAUCAUAUCCAAAUCAAACAUUGAAUUUAACAAAUUUAUCUAAGAACACUCCUCGUUAACCAAGUAUUGAUUCCUUAAAUAUUAGGUCAUACUGAUAGUUAAAUAACACUCUCACUCACAUUAAUGACUAAAUUAACUUAAGAGGACUCAAUUAAUUAAAGGAGAAGAUCCAUCUGAUUAAUGAUCUAAAUUGAAGAAGAGUCAGAAAUAUGUACUACUUCCAAACUGAUAUGCAUAUUCUUUUUCUUAAAAAAAUUAAUAAACC